ACUAUAGGGAGGAAGAGAUCGCGCGCGUUUUGUACGUUUUGUUUCGCGACACUGACUACAGCGGUCGCGAAGUCGCGCUUGCUUUCGGAAAAAAGAGAGAUUGGCGGUGGGCCGGUGUCUUCAUGUUUUGAGUCCUGGCCGCUUCACAAGGUCGGCGCCCCUAUUCCAGGGCACCGCUGAGUCUUGCUGCCUCGCAGGCGUGCUGCACAAUUGCCCGUUGGGCUGCGAGCUCGCUGCUGGAGGAAUCACAGCCGCCGAGUCCACUGAGUUCCUGUGAGAGAUGGCUCCACCGCAUCGAUGGAUGUGGACGUGGCUCGCGGGCCUGAUCCUAGCAGCGGUUACGACCGAGGCCCACGGAGCUGCCAGGCAAGCUGUGCAAGGCGACAACGAGGACGAAGAUCUGGCCCAGAUGUACGCCUGCUACGCAAGCUAUCUCGUUGCCCAAAUGUAUAACAGAGUAACGAACGCUGAUUGGAACUACGCCAGCAACCUCACGGAGUACAACAAGAACAACAGCGUGAAGGCGAAUCUAGAGAUGCAAAAACUGGAGAAGGAAGUCUGGAAAAAUGUCACCAAGUACAAAUGGACAAAGUUCGAGGACGCGGUGACGCGAAGAAUUUUCGAAAAAUUGUCAGUUCUGGGCACUCCCAUUCUGAGCGAUGACAAGCAAAAAGAGCUCCUGAACAUAGUUGCAGAAAUGGAAGAAAACCAUGCUUCGGGAAAGAUAUGUCCUUUUCUCCGAAAAACUAACACGUCAGAAGAAUGCAACUUGUCUUUAGAACCAGAGAUCAAAAAUAUCCUCAAGGACUCCCGGAAUUACUGCGAGCUUCAGCACGUAUGGAACGAGUGGCGGAAGGUUGCGGGGAAGCCUAUGAAGCGGAGGUACCUGCGCUACGUCAGACUUAUGAAUGAAGCGGCCAGGCUGAACGGUUUCAAGGACGCGAGCGGCCUCUGGCAGGACGUGUACGAGUACGACGGCCUCGAGGGGAACAUGGCCAAGCUGUGGAAGCAGCUGUUGCCGCUCUACCAGGAGCUGCACGCGUACGUGCGCAGCAAGUUGCGUGCCAUCUACGGCCCGGACAAGAUUUUAGAAGACGGACCCAUCCCGGCACACCUGCUCGGUCACAUCCACUCGCAAGAUUGGAUUGCGUUAACCAAAAUCAGCCGACCAUACCCGAACAAACCGGUAGUUGACGUCACAGCUGCCAUGAAAGAAAGGAACAUGACUGUUCUCGACAUGUUCAAGAUGUCUGAAGAGUUUUUCACCUCAAUGGGCCUCCCACCAAUGCCUAAAACUUUCUGGGAGCGGUCGGUGCUGACGAAGCCGACUAAUAGAAAGAUUGUGUGCCAUGCUUCGGCUUGGGAUUUCUACAUCGGCAAGGAUGUAAGGAUCAAGCAAUGCACAGAAGUGAAGAUGGAUGAUCUGCUCACUGUGCACCAUGAAAUGGGUCACGUUGAGUACUUCCUCAAGUAUGCCAAGCAGCCGGUCUUCUUUAGGACUGGUGCAAAUCCUGGUUUCCAUGAGGCUAUUGGAGAUACUAUUGCUCUCUCUGUGGCCACGCUCAAACACCUGAAGGCAGUUGGCCUGCUGCAAGACAGAAUGGAGGACGAAGAAACGGACAUCAACUAUCUGCACAGUAUUGCCAUGAGCAAUGUGGCUAUCAUCCCCUCGGCUUACAUUUUUGACCUCUGGAGGUGGAACGUAUUCAAGGGCAACUACAAGCCCCGACACUACAACAAGGCUUGGUGGACCCUGCUGUUCUCACCCUCUCUGGCGAUCAAAAGACUUGCCUACAACGCAAUCUUCAAGUUGUCUCCCAAAAUUUGUCAGUCAAACUUGUGCAGCCAUAAAGCCAAACAUUUCUUACAUCAUGAAGGCUUCCAGAAAAAUUGAGGCGAGUGCAAGGAGCUUCUGUAGUGUCUUCCCUAGUUAGAAUAUGAGGCUAAAAGCAAAUCAAGUUCGAUGAAGCUUUCAUAUGCGCUACCAGCGUUAGUGGUGUACCUUUGUCAAUUCCCGUAUUUACUCGUGUAAGACCUGCAGUCCCCCAUUGGAGGUCAGAAUUGUUGAAAAAUAAGUUUCACUAAUAAUUGCUUUUUGAACGCAUAGUACUCUGUAGAAGUUGAUACAGUUGCGAAAUGUUUAAAAGUUGCUGCAAUAUCUUAACUGCAUAAGAGGCACCAAGGAAGACCACUUUUGGGAGCGUGUCAAAGUUGUAGUAGGCUCCACUGCCGAUGGGUGCAACAUCAAGAGCAAUGAAGGAUGAAGCACAAUUUAAUCAAUGGUGCUGAACAUUGAAUAAAUGUGUGUGUAGCUAGUGUUUGUUAUUCUGCACAC